AUUGCCCCUCUUUGUCAGUCACCGGCCAUUUCACCCUGACCGAUCAGGUUCCAUUUCUCAUAACUGAGUCGCUUCCAUAUCUGCGCGUACUCGAAAUACUGAAUAAAUAUUCUGGUUGCUGCUCAUCAUGUUAGACCUUGCCGAUUUUAUCACCGACCGCGGGGGUAACCCGAACAAAAUCAGGGACAGCCAGCGCAAAAGAUAUGCGCCCGAGACUGCCGUUGAUGAAGUCCUCAGUCUAUAUGAAGAGGCAAGAAGUGCACGCUACGAAGUCAUGCAGAUCAAUUCCCAGCUCAAUGCACUUCAGAAAGAGAUUGGUAAAAUGAAGAAGAAUAAGGAAGACGCAAGCUCCCUCAUGGAACAGAAGGCUGGCUUGGAGAAACGCAAGAAAGAUGCUGAGGAACUUGCUGUCCAGAAAGAAUCUCAGAGGGACAAGAAAAUCCGGACCAUCGGCAACAUCGUGCACGAUACAGUCCCGAUUAGCAAUAACGAGGAUGACAAUGUUGUGGUCAGAACAUGGGUGCCAGAAAACGGGAAGGUGGAAAAGCGCGAUUGCCUGUCUCACCAUGAGGUGCUUACACGCCUUGAUGGGUUCGACUCGGAACGUGGCGUCAAGAUUGUCGGCCACCGUGGAUAUUGCUUGACGGGAUAUGGUCUCUUCUUGAACCUUGCGCUCAUUAACUAUGGACUGGAAUUCCUUUGGGGAAAGGGCUAUACACCCAAUCAGCCUCCUCAAUUCAUGCUCAAAGAUAUGAUGGCGAAGACCGCGCAGCUGGAACAGUUCGACGAGGAGCUUUACAAGGUCACCGAGAGCGAGGACAAGGCCACUGAUAAGUAUCUUAUUGCUACGUCAGAGCAGCCUCUUUCGGCACUGCACGAUGGGGAAUGGCUUCAAGAUAAAGAUCUCCCGAUCAAAUAUGCUGGAUAUAGCACGUGCUACCGCAAGGAGGCAGGUGCCCAUGGAAAGGAUGCGUGGGGCAUUUUCCGAGUCCAUCAGUUCGAAAAGAUCGAACAGUUCGUUCUCACAAAACCGGAAGAUUCGUGGCAAGCUUUUGAAGAGAUGAUGGCCACGUCGGAAGAAUUCUAUCGGUCCCUGGGACUACCAUAUCAGGUGGUAGCAAUUGUCUCCGGGGCGUUAAACAACGCUGCCGCUAAGAAAUAUGACUUGGAAGCCUGGUUCCCUUUUCAAGGGGAGUUUAAGGAACUAGUUUCCUGCUCGAACUGCACCGAUUAUCAAUCAAGGGCACUGGAGAUCCGCUAUGGCAUAAAGAAAGCGACAGACGUGAAGAAGUCCUAUGUUCAUGCUUUGAAUGCCACUCUAUGCGCCACUGAAAGAACACUCUGCUGUGUCCUCGAGAACUACCAGACCGAAGAUGGUAUCAAUGUGCCAGAGCCGCUUAGAAAAUACAUUCCAGGAAUGCCGGAGUUCUUGCCCUUUACAAAGGAGCUUCCCAAGGACAGUACCUCUCAGAAGUCGAAGGCCAAGCAGGCUUCAAAGAGCGCGAUUGGUGCGGAAGACGCUGCCAGGAAGUUGCAGAACCUCCAGGUUUGAGUGCCAGCUCUUCCCCCAGCAGAAUACGAACGCCUCUUUCAAACCGAGAAGAAUCGCCCUGCCACCAGGAUUCUAACAGAUACUUUGACAAGCAUUUUCCGGAACUUACUGUCACAGGUGUCAAGCUGAGACAUAAAUGCCUUAUUUUCAUCUCGGCGGUAGAAUUAGCUUUUUAAAGAUCGUAUUGUUUCCAAUCUUGACCCGCGUUGCCUGAUAGGU